AGCCAAUCCGCUUCCGCUAAUCGAACCCAAAAAACAGCGCGCCAAAGCCCCCUCUCUGUUUGUGGAUUUCGCUAGGGUUGAUUCGGGUCUGAAAUGGCUUCUCCUCCAUCGAAGCGUCGACGUGAGAAGGAAAGCAAAGGAGGAGGAGAAUUGGCUUCUCCUCCAUCGAAGCGUCGACGUAAGAAGGAAAGCAAAGGAGGAGGAGAUUUGGCUUCUCGUCCAUCGAAGCGUCGACUUACGAAGGAAAGCAAAGGAGGAGGAGAUUCUCUGAGGAAUAUGUCACCACUUGUGGUUUUCGCCCACGGCGCUGGAGCUUCUUCCUCUUCCGAUUGGAUGAUCAGAUGGAAGGAAAUGCUAGGAAAUGCACUGAACGCUGUUGAAGUAGUUACCUUCGACUACCCAUACAUCUCUGGAGGAAAACGCAAAGCUCCACCUGAGGCAGAAAAAUUAGUAGAGUACCACUCAGAUAUCGUCAGAAGGGCUGCUGCAAAACAUCCCGGGCAUCCACUGAUUUUGGUAGGGAAGUCCAUGGGUUCAAGAGUCAGUUGCAUGGUCGCAGUCAAGGAAGACAUACGUACUUCCGCAAUAGUUUGUUUGGGUUACCCACUGAAGGGCAUAAACAGAGCAGUUCAUGAUGAGAUUUUGUUGCAACUUUCAGUUCCCGUUAUGUUUGUACAGGGUGGUAAAGAUGGACUCUGCCCAUUGGAUAGGCUGGCCACUGUCCAAAAGAAGAUGAAAUCCGACAAUGCGCUGCAUGUGAUUGAUGGUGGAGACCAUUCUUUCAAGAUUGGGAAAAAGUUUCUGCAGUCAAGCGGAUCAAGCCAAGCCGAAGCUGAAGAACAAGCUGUUAAAGCAAUUGCAGAGUUCAUCUCCAAAUCAAUUGAAAGUCUAAGGCACAUGGAUUCACAACUAGAGGCAUUGGAUACGCGCUUGCUCGGGAAUAUAGAUGCGACUGAUGCUAGAGUUGUGCCAGCUUCUUCGUUCAAAAAGAGAGGCCCUGCGAAGGGUGCUUCUUUAGAUGUGCAACCAGAUAGAAAAAAAGUCUUAAAGACGAACGAAUUCGGGCAACCGAAUGAGGAUUGUCCCAAUCACAGACAUUUUGCAUCGCAUAUCGGUGUCCUCACCCGUACUCAUAUCCCGAUCAUAUACCAGGACUUUCGCCAGGUGCCUCGUGAACACAUUCAGACGGUCACAGACACAUUGUCACAAUUUUAUGAGUUUGAGAGUCAAAGUUGGGAUGCAAGUCUUAUAUACAUAACACACCGCAUCAAUGAAACAUGGAGGAACUACAAGAAAAGAUUGACUGCAAAAUAUAUUAAAGACAAUGAUCCUGCUGUUGUGAGAGACGGUCCUGUCCCCCCCGGUAUCUCUAUGGAAGAUUGGAGGGUCUUCGUGGAUCAACACAGCACCGAACAAUUCAAGUGUGCAAGUGCAAGAAAUAAAGGCAAUCGGGCCAAGCUAAAAGGACCUGCGUGUCUCGGGCGGCGCAGCAUGGCUGUUACUCGCCAUAAGAUGGCGAUGGAGAGGAAUCUUACCUCUGAUGCUGAGGUAGGUAGAGGUGAUGUCUACUUAAGAGCCCAUACGAGCAAGGACAAAGUUGUCCAGUUUCCCGACCUUGCUGAAAAACUAAACGAGCUUUAUAGUAGCAAUCCUGCUUCUAGGAUGACCGACGUUGAUGAUGCCCUUACACAGUUGCUUGGUCCUGAUAGCAGAGGGCGAAUGCGGGGUCUAGGUUGCUCCGUAGGCAAGACCGGGUUGAAGAAGUCAGCCCCUGCUCGUUCAAAGGCAGAGACGAUGACAAAAGAAAAAGAGAGCCUAGCGCAUGAGAUAUUAGAGAUAAAGAAAUCAUUAGACGAUAUAAAGGCCUGGAUUGGUAUGCAGCAAAAGGCACGGUUUGGUCAAAACCUCUCAACAUUUCCAACCGCUCGAUCUAGUGAAGCGUCGUCGUCGGAUAUGAUAUAUGUCGGUAAGAGAUGCGACUUGCUUGGUUGGGGAAAACGUGGUGUAGUUGCUCGUGGUAAAGUACACGAAGUUGCUUCAAAUGCAAUUGUCCAUACCCAACCGUUGGAUGAGGGAGCUUUUGGUGUUGUCCUGACUGAGAUUAUACAACCUGAUGCUCCUUUGUGGAAUGAGGAUGGGCUCGCAUGUACAAUUGGGGAGGCCGGUCUGGGAUCAUUUGUGCAAUGGGGGAAGGACUCUUUGAGAAUUCAGUAAUUUGAACUAAUUUUGUACUUUGUAAUGGAACAUAUUCAUGGUUUGCAUAUUUUUCUUCUAGUUACUUUAUAUGAUGUUUGGUUUGUUUUUCUAAUUUUGAACUAAUUUGGUACUCAGUUGUUAAAUGUAUUUAUAGUCUUAGGCUCCGUUUGGUUAGAACAUCAGCCUUUAUGAAUAUAAAUUUUCCUCAAACUAAA